AUGAACUCAGCCAACCACAAAGAUAUUAAAGAAAUAAGAAAAAUACUUGGUAAUUUGGAGGAUGGAAUAGAUGUAAUGAAUUCGCUUGUGAAAUUUAGAGACAUAAUGCUUGUCAAUGAAAAUAACGAUCUGAUUGUUCUCGUAAUUCAGAAGGUUCACAACAUUCUAUACAGCUCAUGCAAUAUUGAAUACGUAGAGAUCCUUUUGGAUAUUAUUCGUAGUGAAGAAGCAUUUGAUGAAUUGUUCAGAAUAAUUCUUAGCUUUGGUAAUAACCCAUACACUCUCAACAUCGUAUCUAAACUUAGGAAAGAUAAUGAACUAAUAAUAUUUAAGUAUCUCAAAGAGUUAAAAAACAACAUCUCAUUUAGUAGCCUUUCUAGAGAAAUGGACAAAAGAUAUAGUGAAAUUCUAGAUACAAUUAAUUUCAAUAUUGGCAAAGAAGAGUUUUGA